UAUUGGUAAUCACUGGAUCUUUGAGGGAGGUGAUCCAGGUUUCCAGACUGCUUUGGAGAUGCAGAAGACAAGCAAGAAGAGGCGAGCUCAGAGGACCUGCACUAACCUCAUGAAAGCAGCUCAUCACCUCGCUGUGCACACCGACAGUAAUUUGCACCUUGCUCCUUCCCCUCGUUUGGAGCCCAGCGCAUUCUCCGUCGCCAACAGCACCAGAGGGACCCAUUUCAUAUUUGGACCUGUGGUUGGUGCUGCUGCAGUGACAGCUCUGCGAUUGGCUCAGAUUGAGACUCAGGCACAGAUUGCUCUCCAGCAGCUUGCCACUCUAGCAACAGUAACUGUUGGAAACCAGUGUCACAACAACGGAUUUGCUGCAACAUUAUCUCCUCACCUCGCCCUCCUCAAUCUUCUCAAUAGACAACAGGUUUCAACUGUUGGGUUUAACGUGGACACAAACAGUAAAACUUACAGAAACACACGACUGAGUCUGUCUGCUGCCAUGUACCACCACCACUCCCAGCAACCAGGGCCACAGCCCUUCUCUAAUGGACCCAGGCCUCCACAUCAUCAACAACCUCAAAAUCAACACCAGAAUCGUUCUCCUUCUAAUAUGCUGUCUCAAGGGAUGGGUUUCCAGUUUCCUCGUCCCACCCAGCUCCCUGAUGAGCUAGAGUCCGCCCUCGCUAUUCGGGGUGGUAGGGACAUUGAUCACCGCAUCAUUGACCACAUGAACCGACCGAACCAACACCAGAACCAAGGUUCAGGUCCUGGGAUCAGUCAACAUGGAAACUAUGGCUCACUCACCUCUGAUAAUCAGGCUGGUCACCAGCAAGGAGUAGACUGGUCAAGCUACCAACCACCAACCAAACUGUUUGCCAGUCCUCCGCCUAGUGCUGGCCACCAGCCUCCACGACACCAGGGGCCUCAACAGCAGCCACAGAGCAGCCAUACUGGAACAAACAUCCCAAGCUGGACUACUCCUGUAAGUGACUCACCAUCACCCCAAGCCCGGCACCCACAUAGUGGCGGAAGUGGCGGGAGUGGGGAUGGUCAGGCUUUGUACACACCAGAGAGUGCAGGAAGCAUCUUGGCUAGUUUUGGACUUUCAAAUGAGGAUUUGGAAGUGCUGAGUCACUACCCUGAUGAUCAGCUAACCCCAGACACUUUACCUUUCAUACUCCGUGACAUCCAGAUCAACAAGUCAGGCAAUCAAAAAACUGUUGCUCCCACUUCCUCGUCCUCCUUCUCACGCUCUUCGCCGUUGGCUCGUUCACGUACACCAGAAGUGCCCAGCCUUCUUACUGUUACACAGACGGCGGGUAAAGUCAUUGACUAUGGUCAUGCCAGUCGGGCAAAGGAUGAAAGUAAAAGUACCAGAGAGACUUUCAAAAGAGAGCCGCUCCCCAGUGAAAGGACAGUUAAAAUGUACCCAUCUUCGUCAUCCUCAUCAGCUCCAAAAAUCGAGAAAGUUGAAAGGCGGCAUGACCGUUUGGAACUCAGUGACUCAAGCAAGCUCGGAGACCAGGACUAUCGCAGGUCGGGUAGUGAAAGUCACAGAAGCAAUCGAUCACCCGCGAGAGAAUUUCCGCCAGCAUCCAAAUCUCGUAAUCUAGACCGAGACUACAGGCGUGAAGGACCCAAACUUCGGCCCCCAUCUGAAACCAAGAGCGAAACUUCUUCAAGGCGGUCUCUCUCCUCUUCGUCUGGCUCAAAACCAUACAGCAGCAACAAGAAGUUACCAACGCCCACCAUGAUAAGUGAUUUCUCAGCUGUGUCUCCAAAGGUGUAUCCCCAUACCUGCUCCCUCUGCCACACACAGUGUGAUGAGGAAAAGGACUGGGUUGACCAUAUUAACACCGUCAACCACACUGCUGCCUGCAGAGACCUGCGCAACAAGUACCCUCACUGGAAACCAAAUCUACCAAGUCGGAGCGGACGAUAUGGAAGUCGAGCUCAGUGGGAUCCCAGGGAUCACUCUCGAUCUCAUUCUCGAUCCAUCUCCACCUCUCCUCCACAAAGUCCUUCUCACAGCAGACACAGGGUGGGCCCCCAUUCCCACAGGCUGCACACAGGGCCUUACCAUCCUCACCACCAACACUACACAGGGGGUCCCUCUCACAGUGGUUUGAAGCGCCCACAUGAUGAUUCAUCCAGGUUCUCCCCUGAGACCAGCCGUCAUCCAUCCUCCUAUAAGACGGGUCAUAGCUUCAAACAUGGACCGUUACAGUCCUCCAGCAAAACUGUCAAGAGCGGGAUGAAACCUGGAACCAAGACCACUAAGAUGGCAAGUGACACAUCUGCCAAACCUCCACCAGCCAAGAAGAAGAAGAAAGUGGUGACUCCAGCCUCCCAGGACUGGUCUGUUGCAGAUCGUCUGGUUUUUCUGACAGGCAUCCCAAAGGAUGCUACAGAGCAGGAAGUUACUGACUUGGUGGGUUCCUUUGGCAAGAUCAACAACGUGAUCCUCAUGCCAUGCUCCGAAGAAGAGAGCGAGAAGGGUGAAGGACAAAAGGCAUCUGUAUGUAUGAUGAGUGCUGAUGACGCCCAGGCUCUGGCUAACUCCACAGAUCUCUCCAUCAAAGACCAACAAAUCACUGCUUCAGUGGCCAAGAAACCUGAAGCAGGACAGUCUUCUGAUGCUAACAACAGCAAACCUGCUCCAGGACCGGAAAAAGGUGCUGCUGGGGAAGACUCUGGAGGUGAAGCUGACCAGAAGACUUCUGAUGAGAAGGGCAUGUUGUUGAUCACAGGACUACCUGAGAGCGGCUGGAUGGAGAGUGACAUCACCAAGCUGGUCCAACCCUUUGGGACUCCCUCUGACAUCAUACUGGCGGCACAGAUCGGGAAGGUACUUGUGUCUGUGCCAGACAUGGAGAUUGCGCAAGAAAUCGUGAAAGUUCACACCUUCAUUCCUGCGAAGAUCAAUGACUCUGAGCUGAAGAUUGUCCAUGUCAAACAGCGCAUCGGCCUCAGCACACCGGUUGCUCUCUACAAUCUUCUGAUUGGAUCAGCAGACCCACUGGAGAGUCCUGUUCCAGUCAGCUGGAGCUCCCUGUUGGUGAUCAGUAAUGUUCCCAACACGCCAUCCGCCUCCUCUGAGGUCCAAAAAUUGGUGCGGCGCUUUGGAACCGUCAUCAAGACUCUAGUGCUGAACAACAUGGUCAUUUGCGAGAUGGCAACUGCAGCUAUGUCCCUGUCUGUCUACAAACGCUUCCAGAUGUUUCCAUGCAUCAUCCAGAACAACCCUCUGUUCUUCUCCCGCAAAGCUGAUCCCAAAAUCAGCACACAGACCAAAGUCAUCACUGCUUACCUUGAUUCACCUGAGGAUACACCUGCGAGUGGCAAAGGCAGCCAAGCAGCAGCUGCAGACGAAGAAGAGACAGCACAUAAAGAGAAUUCAGAAUCUUCAUCGGAGAAUAUUGAAAAGGACGUUGACGGGAAGGAUGAGAAGAUGAAGAGCACAGAGGAGCCAGUUGGUGAAAACAAAGAGAUCAUAAAAGAUGAGCAUACUGAUGCUCCUUCGGACUCUUUGGCAGCACCGGACGCCAAACCAGAAACAGACAUGGAGACAGACAUGCAAGAAAAAUCAGCUGCUGAAACUGUCAAGGAGGCGACAGACGAGAAUAAAGUGUCCACAACAGGAACUGACGAGACCCCUGCUGCUGAGGAGACAAAGCCAGUUAGCUCUGAAGACAAAGCAGCUUCCCGGGACGCAGCCAUGCCAGAGCUCCCUAAGGUUACUCAAGAAAUGGUCAACGCGCUGCUCGUGGAGUGCCGAACAAGAACCGCCAACCAUACCAACAACACAGCGACCUCAGCUAAUGGAGAACAGGGGGAAACACACGUGGAGACAGAGCAGGGCAAACAGGCAGCAAAGGAGACCAAAGAACCAGCCAAGAACCACGCAGAGGAGGAGGUAAAGAAGCAGGAGAGGGACCGAAAAGAAAGGGAGGCAAGAAAAGAGAAGGAGGCGAGGGAGAGAGAGCGGAAGGAGAGGGAGAGAGAGAGGAGGGCUUGGGAGAAGGAGGAGAGGAUCAGGCGGGACAGGGAGCGAGACGAAAGAGCCAGGAGGGAGAGGGAGAGGAGGGAAAGAGAGAGGAGGGAGAGGAAGAGAGCAUACCGUGAGGGUUCGUCUGGGUCGAGGUCGUCUUUCAGGUCGGAGGGAUACAGGCAGAGCUCCUGGAGGGAUGACCAGUACGACAACUCAGAAGCGGAGACCAAAAAGGUGGAGGAGGAGGAGGAUGAUGAGUUCCCGUUCGACAUGGGCGACUUUGUGACUGUAGAUGAAGUUGGAGAUGUGACCGACCUUCCUUCCCCUCCUGCCCCCUCUGUUCCCAUGGAAACCACAGAAGAAGGGGAGGAAGUUUCCUCAUCUGUCCAACAGGACACUCCAGAGGACACGCCAAUGGAGGACACCACAGAAACACUGUCGGACGCCACAGCGACCAUGGUGAAAUCUGAUGAGCACGUAUCAGAGUCAGAACCUGUAACUAUGCCAACAGUCGACACUUCAGAUGAUAUUGAGUCAUCAGAUUCAAUACUCGGUCCGUUCAUCGUCUCCGUAGAAUCCCUCUCACAGCCUGACGCUUCACACAGCCAAACACAUGAGCCAGCGUGUGAACCACAAGCAUCUGAGACUGAGAUCACGCCUGAGACAGAUACAGUCUCACCUGAGACAGAGGUCACACCGACGGCCACUGUGGACUCCACCGCUGAGGUUGAAACUCCUCCCAUGCCUGCUCCUGAAGCAUCUGCUGCCCCGGCUGAAUCCUCCUCAGACUGCACAGCAACAGCAGCAGCGGCUUCAGAGAGUGAGAAAUAUGAGAAAGAAGACAGUGCUGUCAGUCACAGUCAGGCUAACAAGGAGGAGACGGUGUCAGAAAAAACUGAGAAACAGGAGAAAAUUCAAGUUGACAAGGACAAAGAGACUGCAGCUCCUGCUGUGGAGACAGGAAAGCCCGAGAAGUCUGACGCUCAAACAAAAACCAAAGAGGAGAGUGCAAGCAAAGAGAACUCCCUCCCUCCGUUUGACCCCAGCAGACCAGUUGGUAUGGAGUACUUAGUCCCAAAAACAGGUUUCUUCUGCAAGGUGUGUAAUAGGUUCUUCAGCGGAAACAAAGAGGCAGAAAUAAUCCACUGCAAAACCCUCAAACACUAUGAGAGCCUGCAGAAAUACCUGCAGACCAUGAAAACGGCGAAUGUGACUGCUAAGCCUGUCUGAAUACGGCUAUGAAAACCUUGACUGAAUUCACCAUUCCCCUCCUUUUGUAUUGUCCCAUCAUUUCUCACUAAGGGUCCAGAUUUUCGUUGAUGUAGAUUAGUCUCAUGUCCUGUCUCAGUUUAAAUAUAUGCGGUUUAGAUUUUCCAUGUACAAUAAACUAAGAGAAAUGAGUGAAGAACUGUGCAGUGGAAGUUGGCUGGCAGUUAAAAGUGUGCACAAUCAAUAAACUGUUGGUCUUUGAA